AUGAGGAGAGCUGCAGUUUUUCUGGCGUUGCUGUUCUGUCUGCUCUGGACGGGGACUCAGGGUGAGGAUGGAGGGGGGACAGGGAAGAAAGAGGGGGAGUUUGAUAUCCAAGGAGUGAAAGCAGCUUUAGAGGCCAGGAUGAGCUCCAGUGAGAAGGAAUAAGAAACAUAAACUAUUAUGAAGAGUCAAACCGGUCCUCAGGUGGCGUUCUCAGCCGGUCUCAGUGAUGCAGGAGUAGUCGGACCCUUCUUCGGCACUAACUCAAUACUGAAGUACACUAAAGUCUUCACCAAUAUCGGCCAGGCCUACAACCCAACUACAGGUAUCUUCACAGCCCCCGUCAAAGGAGUCUACUACUUCAGCUUCAACAUGUGGGGAAGCCGCUUUGUAUCAGAUACCGCUCUUGAAUUCGCUCUCAACAACGUGAUGAAGAUGAGGCUUCAAGAUUACAAUGAUGCCUAUGGCUAUGUCUCUGCGGCUAACUCAAUGGUUCUUCAGCUGGAGAAGGGAGAUGUUGCCAACAUGGUUCUGCCCUCCAGCUACAACGUUUAUGAUGAUUUGUUUAAUCGCAUGGUUUUCAGUGGAUUUCUACUCUUUCCUCUGUGAAGCCCACUGUA